AUGGCACCUAGACUUCCCCCGCCACCUCAACCCAACGAACCGGAUACGUCCAACAGCGCUCGGUUGUUGGAGACGGUGAUCGACAAACUUCAGCAGCAGAAUACCACCCUUAUGGAACAGAAUGCUACACUGAUGCAGCAAAAUCAGGUAGCUAUGCAGAGUCUGGAAGCUUCUCGAUCCAACUCUGAGGCGACGCAGCGGCAGUUAAUGGAGAUAUUGGCUGCAACUAGGGGCUCGGCUGGAGCGUCCUCUUCUAACGCUGCUCCGCCUACUGCUGAGUGGAGUUUAGAAAGUUUUCUCCAACACCGUCCUGCCAAGUUUAAUGGGAAGGGCCUUCCGGACGAAGCGGAUCAAUGGCUAAGAGACAUGGAAAGGAUUUAUGAUGCCAAAAGGUGCCCGGACGAUAACCGUUUGGCAUUUACAGAAUAUUUGUUAACGGGAGAAGCUAGCCAUUGGUGGUCGAGUAUGAAGAUGUUAUUGACCGAAGCCCAAAGUCCAAUUUCCUGGGAGGUUUUUCGGGCUAAAUUCUAUGAAGAGUAUUUUCCGGAUAGUGUGCGUUUUGCUAAAGAAGUGGAAUUCCUUCAAUUGGUACAAGGUGGUAUGUCCGUCUCGGAAUACACCAACAAAUUCAAGCACCUGGUCCGUUUUAACACCAUGACUACAAGCGGAGAAUGGCAGUGCAGGAAGUUUGAAAACGGGUUGAGAAGUGACUUGAAGGUAUUAAUAUCCAGUCUGUGUAUUAGAUCCUUCCCAACCAUGGUUGAGAGAGCAAAGGUACUGGAGAAGAACGUUGCUGAGGCCGAGCAACAGAAGAAACAGCAAGUGAGUAGGGGGCCGGUCUUAUCCAGAGGUGCAACGAACGUGAGAAGGUCCCCGUACGUUCGUCCAGCUCAAUCUCCUAGCGGAUCACAAGCCUUGGUCACUGUCGGCCAAUCUGGACAGCCAAGGAGCUUGACUUGUUAUCAGUGUGGAGGACCGCACUAUCGGUGGGCUUGUCCACAAUUAUCAGGAGGAAAAUAUUGUACUCGUUGCAGGCAAAAUGGACACUUGGAGAACGAGUGCAAUAUGGGAGGACGUGCGGCAAUGAGGCCGCCGAACGCUGGAAGAGCCCAACAAGGAAGAGGUGGACGUGCGCAAGCUACAGGAAGAGUUUAUGCAAUCACGGGUGCUGAAGCUGCUCGUUCAGGUACACUCAUCACCAGCACUUGCGUGUUAUAUGGAAAGCCUUGUUGUGUAUUGUAUGACUCGGGGGCAACUCAUUCCUUCAUCUCGAAGGCGUGCGUUGAGAAACUGGGAAUAGUGGAGAGUGAAUUACAGUUCGACUUGGUGGUGUCAACCCCAGCGACUGGUGGGAUCAAGACGUCUACAGUUUGUGUAAGAUGUCCGAUAGAAGUUGAGGGGCGUAGAUUUAAGGUUAAUCUCAUUUGUUUACCCCUUCAAGACUUAGAAGUAAUUUUGGGGAUGGACUGGUUAGCUUCCAAUAGAAUUCUCAUUGAUUGUGGAAAGAAGGAGUUGGUCUUCCCAGGUGAAGAAGAGGAGGAGUUAUCUGUUGAUCGCGGUCAGUUGAAGGAGGACAUUAUGGAAGGAGCGAGCUGUUUUCUGAUAAUGACGUAUGAAGACAGCAAAGUGAAGAACGCUAGAGUGGAGUGUUCGUCCAAUAUUGUUAGCAGUGGAGGACGAACGGUAGUGGAUGAAUUCCCGGAUGUCUUUCCGGAUGAAGUCCCUGGUCUACCUCCCAUUCGUGAGGUCGAAUUCACGAUCGACCUGGUGACAACUGCUGCACCCAUCUCGGUUCAACCUUAUAGAAUGGCACCAGCCGAGUUGGUCGAGCUUAAGAAGCAAAUUGAGGAGUUGAUGGAUAAGAGGUUCAUCAGGCCGAGUGCUUCACCAUGGGGAGCACCUGUGUUGUUGGUCAAGAAGAAGGAUGGCAGCUCUCGGCUCUGCAUUGAUUAUAGGCAACUUAAUAAGCUGACCAUCAAGAACAAAUAUCCACUGCCAAGGAUAGACGACCUACUGGAUCAGUUGCAAGGUGCGUGCGUAUUUUCAAAGAUAGAUUUACGUUCGGGCUAUCACCAAAUUAGAGUGAAGGAGGGAGAUAUUCAAAAGACUGCUUUUCGGUCUCGUUAUGGUCAUUAUGAGUACGUAGUGAUGCCCUUUGGAGUAACGAACGCACCUGCAAUCUUCAUGGAUUACAUGAACAGAAUUUUUAGACCGUACCUGGAUAAGUUUGUUGUAGUAUUUAUUGACGAUAUCCUCGUUUAUUCCAAGAGCUUUGACGAGCAUGAAGACCAUUUGAGGAUCGUGUUAAGCGUGUUGAGGGAAAAAGAAUUGUAUGCCAAGCGUUCGAAAUGUGAAUUCUGGAUGAAGGAAAUCCAAUUUUUGGGGCACGUUGUUUCUGCUGGUGGCAUUUCAGUGGAUCCAGCCAAGGUGAAAGCAGUGCUGGAUUGGGAGAGUCCAUGUUCGGUCACUGAGGUUAGAAGCUUCGUGGGGCUCGCGGGUUACUAUAGGCGGUUCAUUGAGGGAUUCUCUAAGAUAGUAGCCCCUCUGACUUAUCUCACCCGGAAAGAUCAGCCGUUCGCAUGGACCGAUCGUUGUGAGGAGAGCUUCCAGGAAUUGAAGAAGAAAUUAACGAGCGCCUCAAUGUUGGUUAUUCCAAAGGGAAAGGCUAAUGUAGUAGCAGACGCUUUGAGUAGGAAGGCUGUGAGAGUCUCGGCUAUGAUGGUGAAGGAGCUGAAUCAUAUGGGAGUAUGGGAUGAAGUUCUGCCGCUCGUUGAAUUCACUUAUAAUAACAGUUUUCAAGCAAGCAUAGGAAUGGCGCCGUUUGAAGCUCUUUAUGGAAGGAAGUGUCGAACACCAUUGUGUUGGUUCCAAGAAGGCGAGAACGUAUUAACUGGACCUGAAUUGAUCCAGCAAACAACUGAGAAGGUGAAGAUGAUCCAAGAACGGUUGAAGACGUCUCAAAGCAGGCAGAAAUCUUAUGCUGAUAAGAGAAGAAGACCAUUAGAGUUCGCUGCUGGAGAUCACGUGUUUCUCAGGUUGAAUCCAAUCACUGGAGUGGGAAGAGUCCUUCGUCCAAAGAAGCUUUCACCCAAGUUCGUAGGGCCUUAUCAAAUUCUGAAGAAGAUUGGAUCAGUUGCGUAUGAGCUAGCUUUACCACCUCAACUAUCCAACCUACAUCCAGUCUUUCACGUUUCUCAACUCCGGAAGUAUAUAGCUGAUCCAUCACACGUACUGGAGUUGGAAGAUGUCCAGCUUCGCCCAGACCGAACGCUGGAGAUGCAACCCGUCCGAGUUGAAGAGAGCCGUACCAAACUCUACAAGGGAAAAGAAGUUAGUCUGGUAAAGGUGGUAUGGGAUGCAAGGACUGACGACUCAACAUGGGAGGUUGAAGAGGCCAUGAAGGAGCUAUACCCUCAAUUGUUCACUGGUAAGUCUUAG